CUCAUUUUGGUUUCCAAAAAAUCGGAAUUGGAUUGAUUUUUAUUUUUUUUUAUCCAAAUCCUAUACUUUCGCUCCAGUUUCUCUCUGUUUUUGACACCAACCAAAAAAAAGAAAAAAGAAAAAAAAUCCGAAUCCAAAUUUCGAAAAAAGAAAUCAGAAUAAUCAUAUCAUGCAGCGAUUUGUUGACAACGCCCUCGCUGUCACCAAAGAUGCAGGUCGGUGAAGACGUUCACAUAUGAGUCAUUGAACAACAUUGUGAGGCUGAUCAAUGGAAUUUCAGCGCUUUUGUUGGCUGUUCUACCGGGGAAGGCCACUAUUCUUGAAGGUAUUCAUGGUUGGGAGCUCCGUCCGACGUUUCGUGGGCCCAGGUUUCCCCGUUGGAUGGAAAAUGGUGUAUCCUCAUUCAACCGAUUCAUUCAUGAGCUUCCUGAGGAUUCUGAUACUUCAAGUGUAGAUUACACUUCUGGAGAGGAGGAUUUUGAUGCAGGGUAUCUUUCAUCACCAUCAUCCAAUUGUUCACGAAUCUCCAGAACAACUAGUUUCAGUAAGUAUGAAAGGCAUAGGACUGGUUGGAUCAUGUUCAUAUUCUCAUGGAUUCUGUUUCCUCUAAAGUUUUUGCUGGGGAUACCUUUUCGUCUUGGCCGCAUGUCUUAUACAAGGGGGUCAAAAGCCUCUUCUUCAGGUCAUCAAGCUGUGCAUUUACGGUCGAUUAAGAGGAUACACACCCUCAGGGACUAUGUUGUUCACCGGACUACUGACAGGAGACGUGGAGUCAUUGAGGACCUUCAUUUAGCAAUUGAGAUUGUCAUAGAAGCUGUAUUUGAUUUUUUUCACAAGGCUGCACAUUUUCUUCUUUCCCCAACAGAAGCUUUUAGAUUAGUUUGGAGAUGGUUUUCAUCUGACAGCAGUGGCAGUGAAGAUAUUCAUGAUGGUGUUUAUGAUACCACAGUGCAAACAGCAACACUUGGUGAGAAUAAUCCAGCUGUUAGAGAAAAGAAAACUAGUCUCCAUCAGGCUAUGAAUACAGAUGCUCGUACCUGUCAAGAUGUUAUAACAGAGCUUGGGUAUCCAUACGAGGCUAUACAUGUGGUAACUUCUGAUGGAUAUAUUCUGCUUUUGGAAAGAAUUCCCAGACGUGAUGCUCGGAAGGCUGUUUAUCUACAGCAUGGAAUUCUGGAUUCAUCCAUGGGGUGGGUGUCUAAUGGAGUUGUUGGUUCUCCAGCAUUUGCAGCCUAUGAUCAAGGUUAUGACGUUUUCCUCGGGAAUUUCCGUGGUUUGGUUUCUAGAGAGCAUAUUGACAAAAAUAUUUCCUCUCGACAGUACUGGCAGUACUCCAUCAAUGAGCAUGGUAUGGAGGAUCUUCCAGCUAUUAUAGAGAAGAUUCAAGAAAUUAAAACUUCAGAAUUGAAGAUAAGUCAUCCUGAUCUCAAGGAAGAAAUAAAUGAGGAUCAGCCUUACAAACUUUGUGCAGUCUGCCAUAGCUUGGGAGGAGCUGCUAUGCUGAUGUAUGUUGUAACUCGUCGGAUUGAAGAGAAGCCCCACAGACUCUCAAGAUUAAUUUUAUUAUCUCCAGCAGGCUUUCAUGAUGAUUCCAACCUGGCUUUUACAGUGUUUGAGUAUUUAUUCCUACUUAUGGCUCCUAUUCUUCAACAUAUAGUGCCAAGCUUCUAUAUACCCACUAGAUUCUUCCGUAUGCUGCUAAAUAAGUUGGCUCGAGACUUUCAUAACUAUCCUGCUGUUGGAGGUCUGGUUCAAACUCUGAUGAGUUAUGGUGUUGGUGGAGACAGCUCAAAUUGGGUUGGAGUGUUAGGGCUGCCGCACUACAACAUGAAUGACAUGCCUGGAGUUUCAUUUCGAGUGGCUCACCACCUUGCACAGAUGAAACAUUCAGGAAAAUUUAGAAUGUAUGAUUAUGGUAGUGCAUCUGUGAACAUGGAGGUGUAUGGUUCUCCUGAGCCAUUGGACUUGGGCGAAUAUUAUAAACUUAUUGAUAUUCCAGUGGAUCUGGUUGCUGGACGCAAGGACAAGGUAAUUCGGCCUUCUAUGGUAAAGAAGCAUUACAAAUUAAUGAAAGACGCAGGUGUUGAUGUCUCAUACAGCGAGUUUGAAUACGCCCACCUGGACUUCACGUUCUCCCACAGGGAAGAACUCUUAGCCUACGUGAUGUCGCGCUUGCUUCUUGUGGAGCCUACCUCCCCAAAGAAACAACUCAGUCAUAAGACCAAGCCUACCCCCCAAAAGAAAGAACUCAGUCACAAGGCUGCGAGGUCGAAGAAGAAAGGACAGGUAAGCUCCUAAUGGUUGAUAUAGGACA